UAGUAACACAAAGAAGUGAGGAAAAAGAAGAAAAAGACUCCCACAAAGCCGCUUCUAGACGGCCACAAUCUCCACCUCCCCUGCCGGCUCUUUCUCUCUCUCUCUCUCUCUCUCUCUCUCUCUCUUAAUUCCUUUAUAUGCCCUCCCAUAGGAAUACACAGCCGUAUUAAAACAUUGCCAUUUCAUCCCCCCUCCUCUCUCUGUCUACACCUUUCUUGCGUGACAUUUUGAUGGGGAAGAUCUCGCAGCAGAAAAUCCAGAAACAGGGCUCGAUUACCAGCAGCAGCAAUAGCAACAGCAAAAGCUCGGCGACGACGAAGGUGAAGAGAACGCGAAAGAGCGUCCCGCGGGACUCUCCCCCGCAGCGCAGCUCGAUCUAUAGGGGUGUCACGAGGCACCGGUGGACGGGCCGAUACGAAGCUCAUUUGUGGGACAAGAACUGCUGGAAUGAGUCACAGAACAAGAAAGGAAGACAAGUAUAUCUAGGGGCCUACGACGACGAAGAAGCCGCAGCACAUGCAUAUGACUUGGCCGCAUUGAAGUACUGGGGACACGACACCAUCCUUAAUUUCCCACUAUCAACAUAUCAAGAAGAGCUUCAAGAGAUGGAGUGUCAGUCCAAAGAGGAAUAUAUUGGGUCUUUGAGAAGAAAAAGCAGCGGAUUUUCUCGAGGAGUCUCCAAGUACAGAGGCGUAGCAAGACAUCAUCACAAUGGGAGAUGGGAGGCUCGAAUUGGCAGGGUGUUUGGCAACAAGUAUCUCUACCUUGGAACUUAUGCUACACAAGAAGAAGCUGCAACAGCAUAUGACAUGGCAGCCAUAGAGUAUAGGGGACUUAACGCCGUUACCAACUUUGACCUCAGCCGUUACAUCAAGUGGCUAAGACCCAACCAAAACACAACCCCCAACCCCAGCAACCCCCAACCAAACCCUAACCCUAAUAUUGACUUUAAGCCCUUAAUAAACCCUAGUGAUGAAGGGGGACUGAGUUUCCUCCACCACCAACAGCAAAGUUGCGGCUCCGGCACCAUCGAAGCAACCUUGCUCCCGCCGCGUCCUUGCGGCGGCGGCGCCACGUCAUCGGCGCUAGGGUUUCUGUUGCAGUCACCCAAAUUUGAGGAAUUGUUGGAUACAAAGUCAAGUGUUGACUCUCCAUCCCCGCCGCCGGAGUCUGACCAUCCGCGGAGCAGUUUUCCUGACGAUAUUCAGACGUACUUUGAUUGUCAAGACUCCAAUAGCUACGCAGAGGAGGACGAUAUUAUUUUUGGAGACCUGAAUUCAUUUGCAUCGCCCAUGUUUGAAUGCGAGCUCGAUGCCUAGUUUACAAUAAUCGGCACAUGAUCCUCUAUCCUAGAGUACGCAUGUUCUCAUGUCUGAAUGCGAUCUGAUUCAUUCAAUGUGCCUUUAAGUUCGUCUCUUUUGAGAUUCGCAACACUUUGAGUGACUGGGAUUACAUUCGGAUAGGAGAACAUACAUAUCAAGAGACAGAGAAUUCCCAAAAAUAAGUAUUGCCAUAAACCAAGAAGAAAGUACUACCCUUAUCGUAUACACGCGCGUAUAGUUUUUUUUCCAUGAAUAUAAGGGUGCGAGGACAACGAUGACGAAAGAGACUCGAGUUUUUGUUCUUCUUGUUGGUGCUGGUGUUUUUGAAACAUCUGGUUGUUAUCUUCCUCUUCUGAAUAAGGGGAAGAGGGAAGUUUUUCAAUUAUGAUUAUUGGUUCUUACAUGUAGAUAGAGAGGGAAAUAGACAAUUAAUAUUCGUUGCCUAUCUUGUAAUAACGUGAUUGUAGGCUUGUAAGAGCCUCAAGUUUCAUAAAUUAUUCUUCAAUAAAUUGGGUACUUUUCCACUAA